AUGGCGCGGCGGCCGGGCGUGCCGUGCCCGUGCUUCAGCCGGCUGCUGUGCCUGUGCCUGCUGCUGUGCCUGCCCGUGUGCCUGGCGCGCCCGCCCGCCCCGCACCUCGUGCUGGUGCUGGCCGAUGACCUGGGCUGGGGCGACGUGGGCUGGCACGGCUCUGCCGUCCGCACGCCGCGGCUGGACGCGCUGGGGGCGGGCGGCGUGCGGCUGGAGCGCUACUACACCCAGCCGCUGUGCACGCCGUCCCGCAGCCAGCUCCUCUCGGGCCGCUACCAGAUCCACACAGGUUUACAACACCAGAUAAUUUGGCCGUGCCAGCCCAGCUGUCUGCCCCUGGAUGAGAAACUCCUCCCAGAGCUCCUUCAAGAGGCGGGAUAUGUUACUCACAUGGUGGGGAAGUGGCAUUUGGGGAUGUACAGAAAAGAAUGCCUUCCUACCCGCAGAGGAUUUGACACUUACUUUGGCUAUCUCCUGGGCAGUGAGGAUUAUUAUACUCACGACCGCUGUGUCCUCAUCAAAGCAAGGAAUGUGACGCGCUGUGCUCUGGACUUCCGAGAUGGAGAAGAAGUUGCAACUGGUUUUAAAAAUGUGUAUUCCACAAAUUUAUUCACAGAAAGAGCUAUAGAUCUUAUAGCCAAUCACAAAACUGAGAAGCCCCUCUUUCUCUAUCUCGCCUUUCAGUCUGUGCAUGAACCUCUUGAGGUCCCUGAAGAGUACACGAAACCAUAUUCUUCCAUAAAAGAUGUAAAGAGACGCCAUUAUGCAGGAAUGGUGACUCUCAUGGAUGAAGCGGUAGGAAAUCUUACUGACGCUCUGAAAACACAUGGUCUUUGGGACAACACGGUUUUUGUUUUCUCUACUGAUAAUGGAGGACAAACUUUAGCAGGGGGGAAUAACUGGCCACUGAGAGGGAGAAAAUGGACCCUCUGGGAAGGAGGAGUGAGAGGUGUAGGCUUUGUGGCAAGUCCUUUGCUGAAACGAAAAGGUGUAGAAAGCCAUGAACUCAUCCAUAUCUCCGACUGGCUGCCAACGCUGGUGCACCUUGCUGGAGGAGAUACCAAUGGCACUAAGCCUUUGGAUGGCUUUGAUGUUUGGAGCACUAUCAGUGAAGGAAGACCUUCUCCCAGAGUGGAACUACUCCAUAACAUAGACCCCAUGUUUGUGGAUGACUUCCCAUGUCUUGGCAUUGAAAAGAGGACAUCUUUACCAGAGAGCAAUUCUUCUCCAUGGGAUGAUACACUUUUCAAUAUAUCCAUACAUGCAGCAAUAAGACAUGGAAAAUGGAAGUUACUAACUGGAUAUCCAGGCUGCAGUCAUUGGUUCCCUCCACCGUCUUUGUUCAAUGAGUCACAGAUUCAGUCGUCUGAUCCAUCAACAAAGAGACUUUGGCUGUUUGAUAUUGUUCAUGACCCUGAAGAGAAAUAUGAUGUGUCUGAAAAAUACCCUCAUGUGGUGGAAAAACUACUCUCACGGCUUCAGUAUUAUCACAAACGUUCAGUGCCUGUAUUCUACCCUGAUGAGGAUCCCAACUGUGAUCCAGCAGCAACUGGGGCUUGGGGUCCAUGGGCAUAGUGCACACAAUGCAUCCUGCAAAAAAAAAAAAACAACAACACUGUAGCAGGGUCUGGUUUAUGGACUAAGAGUCCCAGUCACGUAUUUUGUACUUUCUUUAAUGACCUGUUGUUAAUUAUGAGCUUAUUCUUUGAACAAUUCAGUAUUUCUUAUUCUUGAUAUGUUGGGGAUCUUAUUUCAGUCUUUUCCCUCGCCCUCAUUCCCAAAAAUUGUAUGUGAAAUGUUAGUAAAAUUAUAUAUAUAUAUAUAUUUCAUAUUCUUUGCCUGGAAUAUACUUUUAGUGCAGAAGAUAAACAUUGCCUCCUUCCUUGAAAAAAACUAAAAGGAAUUUAAUUCUUUGUGAGGAGUCAUGGCAGCAGGGACACCUAAAAUUAAUCUGUCUUGUGGAGUAUACUGAAUUCUGGUUUCAUGUUUGUACAGAAGACAAAUUCCACUGAAAGGUAUUGUAUAUCCAUAUUGGCAUAAAAGUUUUUGCCUUUAACAUGUGCUUCUAUCCAGAAAAAGGAAGAGUAAAAAAUGAAAACCUCACAAAUACAACAAAAUUUCUAUUUCCUGUUCACUCUUAAUUUAUCAAAGCAGAGUAGAGAGUGAUGAUCAACUGGAGUGCAGGGCUGUCAGGUAGAAAAAAUAGGUGAAUAAAGAUUUAAUGGAUUUCAACAACGGCAGAGUCCUCCACUUGGGGUGGGACAGCUGCAUUCAGGAGUACAUGCUGGGCCAUGACCAGAUGGAAAGCAUUUUCAUGGGGAAAAAUCUAGGCAUCCUUCUGGACAAGAGUUGCCAUUUCUUCUGAGGUGAAGAAAACCAACCACAUGUUGUUCCAUAUGAGCAAGAAUGUAGCCAGCUGCUAGGGACAGUCUUAAUUCCCUUCUAUGAGCACUAGAGCAUAGAAUCACAUUUUGAGCUUCCCUAUACAGGAAAAGUAUUGACCAGCUGGAGUUAGUUCAUUGGAGAGAACUAUGAAUAUGAUCAUGGGGAGGAUAAAGAAAUGGGUUAGUUUAUGCUGGUGAAAAUGGUGAGAGCUAUCUUCAGCUACCCAAUGUGACAGCCUAGAGAAGAGGAAGCCGGACUCUUCUCAGGGAUGCACAAAGAUGAAAAGCACACAGGGAGCACGUGGAGUUCCAGUGCAAUAUAAGGAAAGGAAAAAAAAAAAAAAAAUCACAUCAUGAGUUUAAUUAAAUAUGGGAAAUGUGAGACUAUGGCAAUCCUAAUCCUGAGGAUAUUCAGUCUUUGGUUGGAAAAGAUUCUGAACAAUUCUAUCCUUGAAGCUGGAUUAAAUUUGAAGUUGACCUGAUUUGGCAGAGGUGGUGAGGAACAACCAGUGACCUCCAAAAGCCCCUUUCUGCAGGAAUUACACAACGACUCUGUGAUGAACAAAACCUUACUUUUAUUACCUGCCUGGCAAGUACCCUGUCUUUAUUACCAUCCUGGAGUCUGUUUUCAUCCUGAAGUGGGCUCUGAGCCAUGAAGAAGCCAAGCCAAGAAACAUUUCGCAGUUACUCAUCGAAUUGAUGCAAGAUAACCUGCCAGCUUUCUGUUAGUGUCUCAAACCCUGAGUUCUGGUACUGCUUCUCAGUGUCCUUGGCUAAGUUCUCAGGAUCCAGAGCUCAGUCUGUCAUCAUCUCCAGAAAGCAGGAAUCUAAUUGCCUUUUUCCUGGCUGCAGGACCAGUUCAUUAUAAAUUGCACUAAAAUUUUGCACAACUUCCCAGUUUUCUCUUGGGAGACUUGUGCUAAUUGUUAGCAAACAGAUUAAUGAUGAGAAAGGCUUGACAAAAUCUGUGCAUUAAAAAAAAAAAAAAAAGAAGAGUCCAAAAAAAAGAUGAGACGAGAAAACUGAAAAUGCAUAUGCUUUCUAAUACAUCUGAUUCUCCACUACACUGUCUUAAAUCUAAACUUAAAUGCCUGUCGUUUCUACCUUUGGUGAUUUUUCUAUGAGUAGAAGGGAAGCUAAAGCUCUCCAGAAGCCUCUUCAGCUUUUUAGCUUUCUCCCAAAGAGCUUUAUGUUUCUCUCGCUUCUUUGUCACUUCUGAUCCUUUAUGUCAGGUGAGGUUUUUUUGUAUUCUAUUUUGUUCCCUAUCUUUAGCCUUGAAGACAAGGAGGAAAGAAAAGCAGCUUCAGAGAUUCAUAUCAUAGACAAUAUAUUUUCUCUGUAGUUUAAUUACUUUAAUUUGAUGUAUUCCUAUGGAAUCCUGUUUCAGACCAAGUUUUAAUUUCCUUCUCCAUUCAUCCAUCAGUGGCUGAAAACAAAUGGUUGCAGCAGGAUAUGACUGAGCAAGCUCUUCAGAUUGUUCCUCACUUUCUAAACAAUUGCUCAGAGCCUCAAAAACCAGUUUCCCUUAGGUUGCACCAACCUUUCCAUUGAGGCCCUUGGGCAUAAUUUCCAGCCUUACAGUAUCUCCUAAGCUGUUGGUAUUCACACAAUCAUGCAUUUCCACAGCUUAUCUAGACACUGGGAGAAUCGCCUGAUUGUUACUUGCCUCCAGGUAAUUUAUAUUUUCAUUAGUUAAACAUACCUGCUGUGACAGAAGCUCCUACUAUAUUAUAGUUAGCAACUUUCAUAUGAACUAAUAAAAUAUUAAAUUAAAAAAUAUUAUAUGUUCUGUAGAAGUAGUCUCCAAACUGGUACCUGAUAGUAUCUCCUUCCAUUUCAUGAAACGCAUUUAGGCUUUUCUUUCUGUCAUGUGGCUCUUCACUGAGUUUCUACUCAGGUUUUAGCUGACAUGCAGCUCAUACAAAGACCUGAUGUUGUUGGGACCAGCGCUGUGAAAUCCAAGUGACAGCAACACGUAGCAGCAGCGCAGAAAUUGCUCGGGUCAUUACAAAGCCAUUACUUGUCUGCUGCAGACAUAAUCCUUCCUACUGAUCAUCACUUCCUUUCCAAUCCACUAGCUUGUGGCAAUUGUGUAGGCAAAACUUUAAAGCUGGAAGUUGUAAAUACGACAGCUUGCCUCAAAACACCUUUGAAGCAUAUCCAGCAAUCAGCCAGUCUGCUGAAGUUUUCAUGCUUCCUGAUGGGUUACGUGUCCCGCACUGUGAUGGAGGAGAAAGGAUGAGCACUCUCAUCAGCAGCUCUGGGAGUAUUUUGCUUAUAACUCGGAAAUUAUGACUUACACCUAACUUGUGUGUUAAAAAUCUCAUUAAUUAAGGAAUGAAUUAUUGAAUUCCCGUGUUAGACUUGUUUGUAUGAUGGGGAUUGAGCCUUUGUUUGAUGUGUGAAUUUGUUUCCUUUCCUAAUGAGCUCAUAAAAUAAUUUCCAGACCCUGUUGUCCUGUAAAUUAGAGCGAUCCAAUUGGACUAGGACAAUUUUGGCUUCAGAGCACAACAGCAUUUCACUUUUGAGCUUUUGAAGAUUCUUUAUGAUAACUGAGGCACAGGCUCUGUUAUUUGCUGAUCCCAUCAAGGCAGGGAAAAUGUAAGCAACAAAACCUUUUUGUAAGCUAUUGCCUCACGUUGACAAAGCUCGUAUCUUCCUUCAGAGACCCCAGAAAAACCCUAAUUGCAGUUCCUUUUUCUAAUUGUUGCCAUCAUUUUAUUUUCUACUGAUACAAUGAUUUAUGUUACUUUAUAGCUUAUGUGUUUAGUGUAGCUGUGAGUUUCAUAUUGUAAUUGUAGCAUGCAGUUAGUAACGUAGUUUCAAGUAUGAGAGUCUGAAAGUGUAGAGUGUUAAAUUACCUUUUGUGACCUUUAGAUUUACUGUUUUUGUAUGUGUCAUAAUGAUACAUGUUGUCCUUCAAAUGUCUUUUUGAGCUAAAUCAUCCAAAGAGCAGAAGUUCCAUUAGUUCUUAUUCAUCCAGAAUGCUUUGGUAUUGUUUAUUUGUGCAAUCAAAUGCAAAUGGAGAUGUUGACAGCCAUUCCCCAGUAUGUAAGGCAGGUAGAUCCAAGGAAUUUAUGUUAUCCUCACUCCUUUUCCGUAGUACAUAUUUAUUUACUGCCGUAUACACACAUGCAGACCUGUAAGAUUAGAAAGCUAACUGUUCUCAGUCAAUGUCACAUAUGACAUUUUAGUUUAUAGCAGGCUUACAAGAUGUGGUUUUUGCAAUAAUGAGGGACUGGGCUUGAGGGUGGGGGAAAUUUCUGCCCAACGUUCCUGUGUGUCCUUCAGCAUUAACACUGGUAUUACAUGAGGAAAGAUCAUGUCUUACCUGCAGAAGUGGAAACCUCUGUUGAUAAUAUUUUUAACUGGGUUUUUUAAUGCUUUUCCAUUAUGCUUUUCAUGGGGGGAAAAAAAAAAUCACAUAAAUUGUAAGAGCUCAAGUAAUUAAUGGCAUUGACUCCCAUCAAUGUCAGCUUCUUGGCUAAAGUUAGAAAAGAUUUUAAAAAUUCUGAUUUUGAUUUUAGAGGUAAGCAGGCUUUUAUGCGUUCUCUUUUCUCUGUGUCCUGCAAUCUGCAUGUUAAUGUCUUGCUGAUAUUCUAAUUUAUAUAUUUAAUUUACUAGGAAGUGACUGUGACAUAUCAUUGUCUCACACAGGUAUUCAAUUCACCCUCUAUUUUCUCUUGUUAUAUUUUAUAAUGCAAAGAUUCAUUAUUUUCUCAGCUACAAUAGACUAUUUUUUUUCCAAUUAUUUUCCAUGGGUGGUCCUUCAUAAAACAUUUUAAUUGAACGGUGUUAGGGAAAAUAAACAUCUGGCUGACACGUUUAGAUUGGCAUCUGCAAAGAGUUUUGUACUGUUGUUUCGAAAUGGAAAAUAGAGAAUUCUUU